AUGGUGGUGCCUGGGAAUUCCCCGCUGAUCCAGCAGGACCCUGCUCUGGAGCCAGCCCUGGGCAGAAACGCCCCGGAGCACUCAGCCAUGGGCACGGAGCCCCCCGAGGAUGUGGGACCCGAGGUGCUGAAGCUGAGGGAGCUGGUCAGGAGGCUGGAGCUGGACAACCAGCACACCAGGAGCAGGAGCAGCAGGAGCCUGCUGGGGACAAACGUGCCAGGGGUGGAUAACCACGAGCCCGGCCUCAAGGGCAUGGAGAUCAACAACAGCAUCAAGGCCAUGGCCGAGCAGCAGGGGCUGCAGCUGAUGGCAGAUCUGCACAGCCAGCUGAGCAAAAUGAGGCAGGAGGAAGGAGAGAACAACUUCAACAGAGCCCUGGAUGCACCAGUGCAGUACAGCUGCAAGAGUGGCCCCGAGGAGGUGUCUCCCAGCACGGAGCAGAGCCGCAGCAAUGGGCACUGUCCCUCACCUGGGCAUCCAGGUGCCAGCUCCGAGCUGCUGGGCAGCCUGCUCAUGGCAGGGAUCCACAACCCAGCUGCAGUAAUCCAUGAACAGAAUCCCAGUGAAAAGGGGGCAGAUCUCCAGGGCCUUCCCAGCCACGAGGGUCUGGAUGAAGUCAAAGUGUUGGAACUGGAGAACUGCCCCGACGAGGAGGAUUGCUGGCUCUAUGUGUCUCCAAGGAAAUCCAUGGAUGAGAAAACAGCCUCUCCUCUGAAAUGGUGCAGGCAGGUGCUGGACAACCCCAGCCCCGAGAUUGAGGCUGCCUGCAGAACCCUCAUCAACAGGCUGGACCAAGCCAGUAGAUGGAAAAACCUGUAUUGCAGCCCCCUGGCAUCUCCCAGCGCCCAUAACCUGAAUUCCGAGGCAGGCUCCUGUAGCAAUGCACUAAACUCUCCUGGGCACCUCAAAUCGACUAACAAAGCACUACUAACCUGUGGCAGCUCAGGGUACCUGAGCAUGCACUCAGCCCUGAGCUCCCAGUCCUCGGUGGACAGCGAGCUGAGCACCUCGGAUGACUCCAUCUCCAUGGGCUACAAACUGCAGGACCUCACUGAUGUGCAGGUCAUGGCACGGCUGCAGGAAGAGAGCCUGCGGCAGGACUGCGCCUCCAGCUCGGCCUCCGUGUCCCGCCGCAGCUCCAGCGCUUCCCUGCACUCGCUGCGCCGCGGCACCUACAGCGACCAGGAGUUCGACACCUACAGCCUGGAGGAUGAGGAUGACUGCGACUGCUCGCUGUCCCUGCGCAGCGCCCAUCGCUACUCGCCCUCCCCUCUGAGCUCUCCGCGCUGCCAGUCGCCCUCGGCGAGCACCGAGCUGGGCAGGGCGGCGGCGGCCAGGCUGCGAGCCCCGCGCAGGGCGGUGCAGAGCCCCAUGCAGGAGCGCCUCAAGUACGCAAACAGCGAAGAGGAGCUGAGGCACAGCAUGCCCAACCUGGCCCGCAGCAGCCUGCGCGCGCUCGAGGCCGUGCGCGGCAGCCGCAGCCUGGAGUCCGACCUGCAGGUGCCCGGCAGCCGCAUCCCCAGGACUCAGCAGCGGUCAGCAGGUCUGACUCCCAGCAAGCUCAGGUAUUCCUCGGGGGCCGCGCAGUCCCCGCUCACGGCACGCCAGCCCGGCAAGGCUUCGGGAGCCAACUCCCUGCUGCCCGGCAGGCAGGUGGGCAAACCCUGCAGCUACACGGCUCCUGGCGCCCCGGUCCGCAAGGCACAGCUCCACACGGGCCCUGCCAGCGGCAGUUGCGCUUCCAGAACCAGCGGCGCGGUCACUGUGGCCAAAGGCUCUGCCCUGAAGGCGCGGCCGGCACUGGGAGGAGUGGCCGUGCCCAAGGGAAAGGCAGCGCCCCAGUCCAGGAGGUUCCUCCAGGCAGCACAGACCCCCCAGGCCCCCGAGGAUGACUCCUGGAAGGAUGGGUGCUACUGAGAGCCCAGAACACCUCUGUGGAGCAGAUCCCAGCUGGCUGGGCAUGACCUCCCUGGGAACAGCCCGAGCCCCUGUCCCUGCAGACUGCUGUACAUACCACAUCCCUCACUC